CUUAAUUUAAUUGUUCUUUCAGCUAUUCUCUUCAGCAAGCUCAAGCUUUUUACACAUUUCCAUUUCAACAAAUGAUGGCCGAGGCUCCUAACAUGGAAGUUAUGGACACACAGCAGAUGCCAGCGGAAGUUCCAGAGCCAGCUCCUGCUCAGGCACCUGAACAAGAGGCUCCCAAAGGAAGGAAAAGAAAACCCAGAACAAGACAACCAAAAAAACCAGCGGAACCCAAGAAACCUGCCAAGGCCAAAAAGCCUGCCGAGGCCAAGAAAGCCGCCGAGGCCAAGAAACCUGCUGAGGCCAAGAAGUCUGCCAAGUCUGCAAAAUCAAAAGAAAAGCAAGAAAAAAUUACAGACACGUUUAAAGUGAAGAGAAAAGUUGACCGUUUUAAUGGUGUUUCAGAAGCUGAACUUUUGACCAAGACACUCCCGGACAUUUUGACUUUCAAUCUGGACAUUGUGAUUAUUGGUAUAAACCCGGGACUGAUGGCUGCUUACAAAGGGCAUCAUUACCCUGGACCUGGAAACCAUUUUUGGAAGUGUCUAUUUAUGUCAGGACUGAGUGAGGUCCAGCUGAACCAUAUGGACGAUCACACUUUACCAGGAAAAUAUGGUAUUGGAUUUACCAAUAUGGUGGAAAGGACAACCCCAGGCAGCAAGGACCUCUCCAGUAAAGAAUUUCGUGAAGGAGGACGUAUUCUAGUGCAGAAAUUACAGAAAUAUCAGCCACGAAUAGCAGUGUUUAAUGGAAAAUGUAUUUAUGAAAUUUUUAGUAAAGAAGUUUUUGGAGUAAAGGUUAAGAACUUAGAAUUUGGACUUCAACCCCACAAGAUCCCAGACACAGAAACUCUCUGCUAUGUGAUGCCAUCAUCCAGUGCAAGAUGUGCUCAGUUCCCCCGAGCCCAGGACAAAGUUCAUUACUACAUUAAGCUGAAAGACUUAAGAGAUCAAUUGAAAGGCAUUGAACGAAACACAGACGUUCAGGAAGUUCAGUAUACAUUUGACCUGCAGCUUGCCCAAGAGGAUGCAAAGAAGAUGGCUGUUAAGGAAGAAAAAUAUGAUCCGGGUUAUGAAGCAGCAUAUGGCGGUGCUUACGGUGCAAAUCCAUGCAAUGGUGAACCUUGCAGCUUCUCUUCAAACGGGCUAACAGCUGACUGUGGAGAAUCGACUUUCAGUGAUGUUCCCAACGGGCAGUGGAUGAGCCAAUCGUUUACGGACCAGAUUCCUUCCUUCAACAAUCAUUGUGGGAUGCAAGAACAGGAGGCAGGAAACCUUGCUUAGGCACGGUGCUUCUCAGCCCUGCUCCAAUGCUGCAGUUUUAUUGCAGUUGUCAGGAAGUGGCCCUCAGUUUGCUAACUGAAGUAUUUUAUUAGUGUUUUCCUCUGGUGAUGUAACCAUAGUACAGUUGUGUGGUAGAAUCAACUGUAUGAACCUAGGUAGUUUGGAAGGAACAUUUAGGAUUUUUUUUGUACAUGAGUUUUUGUAUUUGAAUGAACCAUCAUUCCAGCAUUUUAUAAAGGCUUUUUCAUUUAGGAAGAAAGUGAUUUUCUUUUGGGAGUCACUUUUAAACUGUAAUUUAAGAAAUGCAACAGUCUGAAUAUUUAUAUUUGAUUAUUCACUGUGCAUAAGCCUAGAAACACCAUUACCCCUCUUAUGCCUAAGAAGGGCAUGCUGUUAAUAAGAGUUGCCACUGGUAAAGAGGCAGAUGUGUGGAUUUUCAUGUGCAGUUAAGCCUCUGGAGUCGUGUUCACACUCAGACCUCUUUACCAAUGGUGAUCGUUUGUGAGAGUUGCUUUCUAGUACAAACGUAGAGUGUGGCCUUGCAGCAGCAAGACCAACCUGGCCUUACGUGACAGGGCAUUCAACCCUGGCUUUGGCCUCCUCAC